UUCGCUGUACCUCCUACAAGAAUUAGUAGGCUGCGCGCUGUAUACAGAGCGACGAUGCAAGCUCCUUCUCCGAUCGGAUUUCCUCGAAGAUUCGUCGAUCUACUAGUGGCCGUCUCGAUGAUCGCGGGAAAGUCAUCGUGAAUCAUAUAGAAGCUUGGAGUGCAGGGAAAGCUCGCGCGAAGAUGAUAGCCGAAGACAGCUUACCGAAGAAGAAGAUGAAGGCGUGCUGGCCUCUGCUGAUCUCCUGAAAAAUCUCACCGUCAGCCGACUCCAGGAUGUACAGCUCGAUGGAGUGCGACGCGAGUCUUGACGGAGGCAACAUGCGCCGGAGGCACCAGAGCGGAAACUGUCUGCGACGUUCCAGCCUCUUCUCGCUCUACGCGAAGAUCUUCCGGCUGUUGCUGGGCAAGUGGGACAGGCCUGGUACCGGAGCCGGUGGCGGUGGUAACCUCGACGAGAACUCGGAGGAGGACGAGUACAGCAAGGAAUUGGACAGCCUCGUACUGCCGAGUAACGAGGAGUGGAGACUCGGGGUCUAUUACAGGCUCGUCGAACUGCAGAGGGAGAACGAUCAUGCCGAGGCUGUCGCUGCGGCGCUCGAGGAUGCCACACUUACACCUUCAAAACUCACACGAAUACUCACUCGACUCUACAGAAUGGAAGAUCCCGAGACUCCAACGCGAACAGUCCGGAAAACGAAGCGCGUCGCCUCGCGGCACAAGCUCUGGGACUGGGAGCCGGACUCUCGCGUGUCCUAUCCUCUGACACCUCGGUCCAGCCGGAGACUCGACUCUUUCGAGUCCACCUCGUCGAUUUUGGAAGCUUGCGUCGAGCCCGGAUGGAGACUCAGAGACAUCCUGCUGGCCGCGAGGCUGUUGAUGAACGAGAGGGAACUGGACGAUUACGCGGACGAGGCGGAGAUGCGGAGGGUCUUCGGCCUCGUCUACGACGUUCUGAGAUACAAGCAGAUACUCGACCGAGCUCUGGACGACGUGGGCUUCUGGCUGCGCCACGGACAGUUGAAGCAGCGCGAAAAGGUGGUCUGGCUGCUGCUGUACGACAUGCAGGGCCGGAAGUUCGCUCGAGUGGGUGGCAGUGCCGCCGUGGCCAUGCGGAACGAGGCCCUUCGCGAGGCUGGACUGCUGGACGUUGAGCAGGCGCUGCUCGCUAUGAAGACCAGAUUGGCGGCCAGCCUCUCGAGAUUGAGGAUCGGCGGAUCGGCCCUUAGUUUCGACGAACUACUACCGGCUCACCUGCGGACAGCCGAGGGCGUCACCUGGGGCGAGGAGGGGGCGAUUGCCUCCGGAUGGGUGAACAGUGCCAAGCUGCCGAGUCGUCGGCAAUUCGUCGAGGAGAUGCGCAAACUCGGCUUGACCCUCUGCUCGAACGGCUCGGCGACGACUGCACUCGAGGAGGACCAGUACGUUUUCGAUCCGAUGUGUCCCAAGGUCGUGAACCUUCACGAGAAAGCCAGGGAGAAGCUGGCGGUGUCGCAGCUCGUCAGAAGUCAUGGUUUUGUAUUUUUGGAGAGAUCCCUAUGCGUAGGAGCAGCCGCCCUCGUUCAGGCCAUCCGCGCGGGCAAACUCUGUGGCCCAGUGAUCCUGACCCAUUCACUGGCACCCCGUCACACGGGCUAUCUGGCCGAGUUGUUGACCGACCUCGAGGCUGGAAGACUGCUGGCCUUUGGUCUCGGUGAAAAUCGCAUGCAGCAUCAGGCGUAUCUGGAAAAACUUGGAAUUUCCUUGCAACGUUGUAAAUUGUUCUCUGAAAGGUACACCUCAGCGCCGGCAUCGCCAGAGGUCGAACGUGCCACCAUAGUCUUGGCUACGCCUCCCUGCAGCUACACUGGAGUUCGCGACGUAGUUGACCUGGCAAUAGCUCGAGGUGGUGACCUGCGUCUCCUGGAAUCGUUGACGAGCCUCGAAGCCGAGUCUCCCCAACAGCCUCGCGCUCUGCUGGCCGAACAAAUGGCCACUUUGAGAUACGCCCUCACCAAACCCAACGUCCAACUGCUGGUCUACGAAGUGCACACACUCCUGCCAUCGGAAACUUCCGAGAUGAUCGAGCAGGCGGUGGAUCACGCCAACAAGAUGGCCUUGGACAAGUUUCAGAAGGAUCAUCCGCAACGAAAGAAAUCACCGCCAAGAGAAUCCACCGGGAAGCGAUCGAAAUCCGGAAAACGAUCCCAUUCUAUAGAACAUCUCGCCAAAGCCCAGCAAGACGACGCGAAAUCGUCGAACUUGGAAUCCGAAGACGAAGUGUCGCACACUGACAUUCCGAUCCCCGAAAGCGACCUGUUUGACAUGUCGGACCUGAACGACCUGUACAACCAAGACUGCAGCAAACUCGUGGACCAGGGCUCGUUCAUCAUAGUGGUCAAGCGCAAGGAGAUGAUGCAGUUCAACUCGCUGUUCAUGAUCAAGGUCGCCGAGGCCAAGGGUGUCUUCGGAGAACCGACGAAACCUCAACCACCCAAAACGCCGGAACUGCAGCAGGCGACAUUGCUACCGCCCGAGACUUCGCACGGCGGUCGCAAGGGUCACAAACGUGGAAAGGUCCAGUUCGAGCGAAUAACAGCCCCGACGCACGCGACGAUAUCCCGUGCUCUGAGUCAAAAGCAGCCCUGUCCGCGUCACCAGCAACACCUGGUGCACGAGGAGAGCUCGGUCGAGUCGCAGAUUCGUUUCGGUGCGAGUGAUGGGGUCGCGAGGAGCUUUUUCGUCUGGGAGUUAUUGGAUGUUACUACUGCAGUGUACGAGAAGCUCGCGAACUCGACUUCUCCGGAAUCGAUAAUCCCCUCGUUGUCUUCUCCGAGCGUUCGCAAAUCAUCGACCGACGUGAAUGCCGAGUUAACUAGCGUUUCGAGUAACGAACGAAGGGAGACGAAAUUCGAAGAGCUGCGGAGAAGGUGGAGAAACGAAAUCAUCGAAAAAUUCGAGACACCAUCGGAACCACUUGACGACGCUCUGCAAAUUUUUUCCGAAAGCAGCGGAACAAUAAAAUCAAAUGAGAUGCGUCAGACGAACGGUGAUCUCGACGAAUCUACAUAUGUGCCGCAGCCCACGCGUCGUUUCUACGACUCGCGUUUCCUCGAUAUAGACGUGAACAAGUCGUACUUUAGUCUGAAAAAGACACCUCCGAGUAAGCUAUUGAACGACUGCCUCGAAGAGAAUAGCAAAGGAAUAUUCUUCGACGUUUCUUUAAAGCCAAUGCCUCGUCGGCAGAUUUUGCCGCGCAAAAUGUCAAGGCUCUACCGAAUUCCCUUUCGCAACCGUUUGGAGCCUGUCCUUGAACAGAGUCAAGGCUUCUCCUACCUCUUUCCGGAAGACGACUAAUUAAACAGAUACUAAUCGUUACAUCGACAAAACUGUGUACUUUCGUUAAACGUCUUCACGAGUCUUUAUUUGUACAAAAAAUCGUUCUUAAUUUACACGCAUAAGUAAAAAUACACCUAUACAUUCA